AUGUCCACACCCACCAGCUGCCCGAUUCCUGGGGGCAGGGACUGGCUGCCUGACUGCUACAGCACCACGCUGGGGGGCACACUAUACACCACUACCCCCGGAGGCACCAGGAUCAUCUACGACCGAAAGUUCCUGCUGGAGUGCAAGAACUCACCCAUUGCCCAGACGCCCCCCCGCUGCCUCCCUCAGAUUCCAGGGGUCACAACUCCUCCAACAGCCCCACCCUCCAGGCUCGAGGAGCGGAAGAAGCAGAAGGAGACAGAGGAAGAGAUACCUGAUGACGCACAGUUUGAAAUGGACAUCUAAUCCAGUGAAGGUGACCCUGUGUGUGGAGUAAGAGGAAUCCCUCACACUGCUGCUGCUACCUCCUUUUUCUGGGCAUGAUAUGAGCCUCCUGGCCCCUUCCACCUGGUUCUGUUGUCCUCAAAGCAUUAGAAGACCUUAGGACCCAAACAGAGGCAGAAGCUUAUUUGGUGAGUCAGAUAAAGAGUCAUAAUCCUACUCUCCCCAUCCCCUGAAAAAAAAAAAAUCAUGAUCCCAUAUGUCAGCAAUCUGGUCUUUUUCACCUUCAAUUUAUACAGCUAGGUUCUAAUCUCUGUAGCACUUGCAUACCUCAAGGGUGAUGCAGUGCAAAUAGGUCAGUCUCCUUUUUUUGAGGGAAAAAAAUCUUCCCAUGCUAUUUGAGCCUCUGUUCCCAUACUGAAACAAAUCAUCCAAACACAGGGUUACUCAGCCCAGCAAGGGAUGUAUGUUUCUGUCUAAUUUGGGUGAAAGUGGCAGGCAGUAAUCUGCUCACGCCUAGCAAGGCCAUUCAUGAUGAACAGAGGAAGAACAGAGGUGUGCACGGUGCACAGCGAGCAAGGCAGUUAAGAACACCAGAGGGAACCAGUCUGGCAUAGGAAGGGUUCAUCUCUCCUACCCAGGUCCCACCACAUUGAGAUGUUUUAUUGAAAUGCAUAUGGUAUGGGUAACAAGUGGCCUCCCUGUGGUCCAGGAGGGACCUCUUCCCCCAGAGAUGGGUCAGGCCAAACACCCCAACGGGGCAGACAGUCUCCCAAGUGGUAAAAGGGAGCCAAGUUAGGGAAGGCCUCCCAUGCCAAGGCAUAAGAGAUGGUGUGAGGUGAGGCUGGGGAACCCAUAGGAUUAAGGAUCAUGUUGGAUGCCUGGCAUGGUCUGGUUCUGCUCAGCUGUGGCUACAGAUUUCUCUUCAUUGGCCUCCUCCUCUGAAGACAGACUCCUCUUUUCCGCAAUUAAUCUUUUAACUCCCACCAUCCACUGACUGACCUCAGUCACAUGGUCAACCAUGAGUGAGCGGUGGAUGUCAUCUGCUGCAUCCCACUGGUGGCUUGAAAGCUCUGAGGAGAGAGAGGGGCUGAGCAAGAAACCUGGAGCAAAAAACAUAGCUGCAACUCCUCCCCUCCCAACCAGUCAAAAUCUCAGCACCUAGUCCAACUUGGACAACCAUGGCAGGAUGAGGGACUUGGGCUAUACCAAGGGACCCAGCCACACCUUGCACCAGCAGAGCCAUCCUCUUCUUUACAGGCAUUGACAGCUUCCCUCCAGCCCACUGUUCCUGCAGCAGAGCCAGGCGUCGGCUGAUGUCAUCACAUACCUGCUUCUGAGAGACAGAAGCCCCCUCCAAGUCAGUGCUGCCAGCCCAACAGGGGCAGGGAAAGGAGCACCACAUAGGAAGCACCUGCUUUGUCUGGCCCAGGAACUUUACACUCUAAUCUUAGAGUUAUGGUUCUUUACGCAAAGAUUAGAGGCCCCACUAAGAAUCUGAUGAAAUCUAUGGAUCUCCUCUCAAGAAAAAUGCAUUAUGGCUAGAAUUUUUAAAUUUCUGGAGUUUCUCAUAUGCUCAGAAAUUAAUUCUAUAGUGCUGCUUUACAAAUAAGGAAACUAAGGACCAAAGAGGUGAAGAUCACUCUGCUACUUUUUUUUUUAUAAACUUAUUUAUUUUUGGCUGCAUUGGGUCUUCGUUGCUGUGCAUGGGCUUCUCAUUGUGGUGGCUUCUCUUGUUGCAGAGCACGGGCUCUAGAGCGCAGGCUCAGUAGUUGUGGUGCACGGGCUUAGUUGCUCUGCAGCAUGUGGGAUCUUCCCGGACCAGGGCUUGAACCCAUGUCCCCUGCAUUGGCAGGUGGAUUCUUAACCACUGUGUCAUCAGGGAAGCCCCUCUGCUACUUUCCUUUAAGACUCCUCAGAUCCCUUGCCUCCAGAGAACUUAGGAAACAUUAUCAAUAAAAAAAGGGGUUGUUGUUGGGGUUUUUUUCCCCUCCCUAAGCAUAAU